UAAAGGUGAGAGUUGAUGGACGACGAUGGACCAGUAAGCUGUUAGACAUCCCCCAUCUUGGGAGGGGUUCAGGAGAGAUUUUCACUGGGAUUAUUUGGAUUUGGGAUAAAUUCAAUCACGGAAAUAUAACAUAAUUGUGUCUGGACCAAACAGGGAUGUGAUCAUCCGCCAUAAAGAAUGCCUCAUUUAACAGGGGCAGACAACCAUGUCUUACACGUGUUUGUACUCUCUACAUGGUGCUGUCAUCCGAAGGGGAGUUAACUCUCCUGGCGUGUCCCUUGCCUCAGCAGAGUCACUCGCAGACCUGUGUUGUGAGUUUCAACAUGUGGUGAACUCGGUCAUAGACGGAGAAAAACGUCUUAUCGCUGUUAUACAAUUUCCAUUCCGAGGAUCAGUGGUGCGGAUAGACCUAUCUGACCCUAAAACCUCCAGCCUCCUGUGUGCUGUCAGCCUUGGGUUUGGUAUUAGCACCUAUAUACUGUACCGCCUCUAUUGCCGCUACAUACAACCAUUCUUCAGGAAACCGCCGGAUGGAAAGUCUGAGCCGGGUACUGCUAACAAGAGCACUGAGACGAGCCAUGACGAGGAAGAGAGCGGUAUGGGGAACACUGCGUCCAAUGACGAGUCGCCUUCGAUCCGCUACAAUGCUCGUGAUGACAUAGUAGUAGGGCUACCUGAGCGCUCUGCCAACAUCCCCAUGUCUCCAACAAAACCACGCCAGCGUCGCCGCAAGCAACGCAGAUCCAUCAAUGCUGACAAAGCAAGGCCUCGUCGACCACGGCCUCGUGAUAGCGUCAGCGUGAGUAGUGAUGAAGGCGACAACCAGCUGAACUCAUCUCACGAUGCUCCUGACUGGGAAACAGGGUCCCUUAAGGGAAACCUGAGUAUCCGUUCUCUGAGUGAAAGAAACAUGAAAUAUGGCUUGGAACAUGAAAAGUUUUGUGAUGCUAAAAGUGGGAGAGGAAAUGACACGACCGAGGUGGAAGUGAUGGUAGAUGUUAAUGGUACCGUGGAACAACAGGAGAUGACUGUCCCUGACAAUGCUGGAGUUGUAGACUGUUCAGUUCUCCUCACUCCCCCCUCAGAGGAGGAAGCUUUAGCCUACGCACACAUAACAAGGGGGACAACUCACAGCGCUACCCCCACCAGUAGUACAGAAACUGACAGAUCUGUAGUGGAGAAUUACGUGUCGUUCGGUCCGUUGUCCUCAAGUGGGGCCAUAUCUGGUUUGAUGUCCUCAAGUGGGGCCAUGUCAAUAUCGGAUCAGGACGAGGACAAAGACACCAGUACUCCUGAUGUAAACACUUCACUGACAAACACAGACAACACGGACAAUGGGAACAACAUCCUAAACAACCACACAUCACAACAUUUGACAGGGACGCUUGACAAUGAUCCUCCUCUCAUACCCACAGUGUACAACCACACGACGGGGAGAGAGCUUAUUCACAUCACAGCGGAUGAGCUUAUUCAUAACACAGUGGGUGAGCUUAUUCAUAGCACGGCAGGUGAGCUUAUUCACAGCACAGCAAAAGAGUGUUCUCGUAAUUCAUCAUCAGGAGACAACACCAGCAGUUCCUCUUCUCCAUUCAAAUCGGCCAGUAGUCAUGUGUAUGGACAGUCAAGCUCCUCAGGGAACAUGAGUGUAGAUGAUGAGGGUACAACCGACAGCUUGUCCUCGCUCCAAAGUGACCGAAAAUUAGAACGAUGCUUCCAGCAGUCAUUGUUACACAGGCUCCAUGAGUAUUCAACAGGGGGGAGUAACUCUACAUCACUGGACACAUCGCCCGACAUCUCGCCAUACCACCGAGUGAGUAGUGGUGUGUCCAGCCGUCAGGAGAGUCUCUCCGACCUGGCCACGUCUGACAGUGAAAUUUUUAACAUGGAAGGCUCUGGCUCAUUCGCUGAGCAGGAGUUUACCAAAAUUGAGGGCGAGAUCGGUCAUUUAGAUGAAGAGUUUGUAUCUUUGAAUACCAAAUUAACAGAACUAAUGAGUAAGUCAGCUACGCUGAGUAGUGAUAACAUGAGCACUCUUCCUAGCUUGUGUGUUGAUACGGAGUCUGAGUCGGUUCCUCCUUCUCCUGUACGCAUACAGAACAAUGCCUUAUUGAGUAACAAGAAACUAAAACAUUGUGUGUCAGGUAAUUCUAGUCAGUCACACAGCGAUUCCUCCUUCAGUCCACAGCACAUUCACUCAGACAGUGCUGAUUUGUCGUGGGAGUACUAUGACAUGGAUCCGGGCAAUCUAGCUGGAAAUUCACAAUUCAAGGAGAAAACAAAAGAAGUUUCAGGAAAAAUUGUUAUGUUAAAAGAAGAGAGCAGUGAUGGCUUCUCUGCAGCAGAUGGAGAGAACGGCCACACAACCUGCGACGAUUUAGAGAUGGAUUCCUGUAAUGACGGUAUUGGGGAGAAUAACUCUCAGCAAAAUGACCAGUCAAUCACAGGUUCCGUGCAGGUUGGGCAUAAAGUAAACAUCAUGGAGUAUGCUGAACGAGAGUGGAAAGGAGAAACUGGCAAAGCUAUAACAAUCAAACAGGCAUAUACAGAAGUCGUUAAGUUGACCGCCUGCGAGAACCUGCAGCAGAUAAGGGGAGAUAACUACUGUGGGAUCCGUGGCUGUGUGUUCCAGUGCCUGUGUCAUAUGCUUAGUCCGCAUCGUGUGUGGGGGUCGCUGGAUGAUACACUCUCUGCCCUCCAAACAAACUUUGCUGAUCGUGCCUCCAGCCUGAGGUUGUGGAACUUUGCUGGUCGUCUCACCCCUCAGGAACCUCUAUCACAGAUGCAAGCUUGUCUGACCUAUUUAUUCUCAAAGUUUGAGGAUGUUGAGCAAAUGUCGUCAUAUGAGGAGCGCCAUUUGUGGGCGAUGUCCUUGUUGAACUCUGACCCUGCUGGUGAUAUCAUGCUGAUGGAGGGGAUGAAGCUGUUGAUGCUGCUGGAAAGCGUGCGCCUUUACAACCAGAGUCAGACUGGAGCUGAUGUCCCCUUGUUUGUGUGGCUCUUGUUUGCGCGCGACACGUCUGAUACACCUGCCAAAUUUGUCACGAAUCACCUCAACUGUGUGGGAGGAAGUGCAGGACUAGAACAGGUGGAGAUGUUCUUGUUGGGAUACGUACUCGGGGUCAGUAUACAAGUGUUUCGCCUCAGUCAGUUGGGGCAGGAUGACUUUGUGUCCUACUACCCAGAAAAUAAGCAGGACCAAAAGCCAAUGAUAAGUUUGCUUGCAGAAGAUGAUCGUCACUACAAUGUACCUGUACCAUAGAGGGACGACUGUCACUACAACAAAACAAGUUCUAUAGAGGGUCCGUCAUCACUAC